AUGAGCAUUCGACCCCUCCCGGCACCAGCAUCCCCCCAAGAAGCUCCUGACGUGUCCAAUCCUGCCGAACAGGCGAUGCACGAUAACACCAGUGACCUUUCCACUCUGGCUUACUUCCUCGCGGGCAGUCAGCAGUACCCACCAGGCACUACAUCCGCAGAUCAACAUUACGCCGCAACAUGGUGUCCUCGCCUGAUGCCUAUCCAGGCCCCAAUCAUGCCCUGGGGUAGUUCCAGCCAGCAGCAGUGCGAGUCGCCCCUUGACAUUGUGCACGAGGGAGAGGUUUCUUACGAGUUUCCUACCCCGACGCCUACCUCAGCCCACGAGUACACCUAUCGUAGCAACCCGCACCCAAACGUCCAAACAUCUCGUCGCGGCAGCAACCCGAGCAGCAGCAUCCGUCCCAGCAUUUCGACAGUGCCAUCUCCCCUCACCAAUACCAGCCCGCACAGCUUCGGGAAGCCCACCAAGCGGAGCUCCUCGACUGAGCGCAAAGAUGCCGGCGGCAGAAACCCCAAGCGCCCGAGGAGAUCCAACACGACAGGCACCGUCAACAAUAACAACAACAACAACAACAACAACAAUAACAAGAACAGCAACACCGCCAGUGACCUUAUCACAGACCCGAACCCCUCGUCGCAGAGGAGACGGCGCCGCUUCGCCUGCCCCUACAAAGUCUACGAACCGCACCUCAGCUGCUUCCUGGAGGGCCGGCGCAACCAGUCGGGCGGCUGCGAGAGCAUCUACCGGCUCAAGCAGCACUUCAAGCGCGUGCACAAGCGCACUUUUCGCUGCGAGCGCUGCUGGAAGCACGAGGAGACGCUGCGCGGUCUCGACGAGCACAGGGCCGCCAACGCCUGCCAGCCAAAGGACCUGGCGGGGACCGAGAGGUUCAUGGACGAGGAGCACGAGGCGCUGGUGGACGCGCCGCUAGGCACCAGGUCCGAGGAGGAGUACUGGUGGGACAUGUUCACCAUGUUGAUACCGGGAAUGGCUGAGGCUGACCCGGGGUGGAUGAGGGCUCACCAUCAAGACGCCCGCACCACCCAGAACAUCACCGCCCAGCUGCUUCCGAACCUAGGCGGGAUCGACGCCGCGCUAGCAACGCCCGCGAUGCUCGGCGAGUCGACGUUUCCCACUGGCAUCCCCGGUGAGACGGCGGGCAUGAAAGGGGUGUUUGACAGCAACACCGAGCCCACCGCCUCCUUCCUCGGACUGGGCGCCCUCGCGACCGAAACUCCGCUUUUUCCGCCGUUCCCGGCCCAAUCUGCGGCAACCACGGCGUUGACGUCGCCGGCGAGGUCGCUGGGGCAUUCGCCACACCUGCAGUGGGCGCAACAACAAGCCAUCGGCGAGCAGUCGUCUCCUGCCUUGCCGCCGCACGUGCAGGCCGACUUUCACUUUCCCGACAAUGACGAAGCCGUUAAGCACCAGCACCAGCACCACUCGGAGGAUGAGAUGGAGGCGGGGCGGCAGGCCGCAUACCAGCGCGUCCAGGGCCUGCUGGUGGCGGCGCUGGCGGGUGAGAUGCCGGGUCGGGCUCGGGCGCUGGUCGCCCAGGCCGUGAGAGAGUUGGAUGAGAUUCGGGCUGGCAGUGGCGGCGUCCGGGUGAAACUCCAUCAGACUGUACAACCCAACUAUAGUGCCACUCAGGAAGAAACUGCUGCCCAAGAGCGCGGCCUGGUUCGCCCUGUCGCCGUCGCCCAGCAGCAAAAACACUCCAAUCAUGCCGAAACCAGCCGAGCCGACCGUGUUGAGAAAGGUGCCGAGCCAGUCGGGGGACGACGGCUUCGGCUUGAACCAGCUGUCCUGCAGGAAGACGAGCAGGCCGAUGUUGGCGACGACCAGGAUGCUGCCGCCGAUGACCUUGGGCAGGUACACGAGGGCCUGGUACAGCACCAUGUUGGAGGCCGGGUCCUUGAAGACGCCUGGGAACGAGGACACGGUGGACACGCCCAGGAUCAGGCCGGCAAAGGUCGACCACCACCCGACCUGGAAAGGCAGCGUUCGGAAGACGGCGAGGAACUCGGCCGACGACGGGAACCACACCCAGCUGCUGGAACCGACGAGGGCCGGUCGAUACGUGCCCACGCCCCCCUUUGUGACCUCGAUGGUGCCGCGGUUGGCGUUGAAGGCGGCAAAGAUGCCAAGCGUGCCGGCGAUGGUGAAGAGGAUCGAGCCCGUCGUGAGGGUCGCCGGCCCUAUGGCCUUGGAGACCGGAGGAAGGAGACCGAAUAUGCCGUUGGUGACGAACGACAUGCUGCCCGCGAUGAAGAGCACGGCGACGAUCCAGUUCAUGUCCUUGUAGGGGUACACGGUGAACAUGCGCACGAUCCUGCCACGGGCCGAGGACUCGAGCUCGACGACGAAUUCCGGCCGAGGCUUAUCCAAAGUGUCGACGGUGCUGUUGGUCUCGGUUCGGUAGAAGCCGGGGAAGACGGAGGAACUCUCCUGUCGUUCCUGCUCGCAACGCUCCUUGUACGCCAUGUAAUCAACGACCUGGAUGACACGCUGCGGCUCCUGGUAGCCCACAUCCUCGCUCCAGUAUUCAUUCUGCGGUUGUCGGUAUCGAGGUGCAAUGUUUCGCCCGUCCGGCAAUGGCGGGACCGCCUCGGCGUCGUUGCUGUAGGCGCCAUUUCGUUG